GGGACGCAACCACGGUUGUCCGUAGCAUUUCUGUUUUGUAAUCGGGUGUUUGAGUGGACGAUCCCAGAAGCAACAUUGUAGAAGAGGGACAAGCCAGCAGCCGGCGAUAUUCAGAUGAAGGUUUACUCGGUUCCGUGCUUGGAGGACAACUACUCCUACCUCAUCGUCGAUGAGAGCUCGAAAGAAGCCGCAGCAGUGGAUCCCGUGGAGGCUGAGAAAGUUGUAGAAGCUGCCAAACAACAUGGCGUCCUUCUCAAGCUCGUUCUCACCACCCACCAUCACUGGGAUCACGCUGGUGGAAAUGAUAAGAUAAAGCAGCUGGUACCUGGGAUUAAGGUCUAUGGUGGUUCGCACGAUAAUGUGAAGGGUUGCACUGAUCAAGUGGAAAACGGUGAUAAGCUCGUCCUUGGGGCUCAUAUCAAUAUACUCUGUCUUCACACACCUUGUCACACCAAAGGUCAUAUUAGUUAUUACCUGACCAGCAAAGAGGAAGAAGAACUAGCUGUUUUCACUGGAGACACAUUGUUUAUUGCUGGUUGUGGGAAAUUUUUUGAGGGAACAGCAGAGCAGAUGUAUCAAUCACUAUGUGUAACACUGGGUUCAUUGCCCAAGCCAACUAGAGUGUAUUGUGGCCACGAGGUAAUAAUGUCGGGGAACCUCUCCAAGGCAGGGGCCCUUCGGACCUACCCCUGUAGAGUAGACCCCGGUCCCAUGCACUGCACUCUGGGAAGUUUUCCUAUACAGAACUAGUUAAAUCGCUGGCUUUUCACCAGGGGGUAUGGCCCCAAAAUAUGUUGCACCCAUGAGGUGUUGAACCUUGGACCUUGAGGGGAGUGGUACUCCAAGAUCAAGGCUUUUCCCACUUGGGCCAACUCCUUGAUGCAAUAGUGUUGUCAUUAAUAUUUUACGUUUAAGGUAGAGCUGACAUGGUGAGGACACAUGUCACAAUUAUAUUGGUGCUUAAUUGGCACCUUGUUAGAGUUAUACACAAAGAUUGGCCAGAAUGACUCUUUUGAAAAAUGAUCCAAGUACCUAAAUGAGUGCUUGAAAUCGUAUGGCUUCUUUAAAAUGAGCAAAACCUGGGGACCAAUUAUACGUUUAACCCAAAAGUCUUGCUAAAUUUAUAUGAAUUAGUGGCUAAAAACAUCCAUUGGGCACCAUUGGGCGGUGUGGAGAAACCUUAAAACAAUAGGAGUAUGUCCUUGAUCACAUUUAUUGAUAUUAAUUUUAUUACAAUCGGAUUUGACAGAGCUUACUUCUUUGUUACUCAUAUUUCUUAUCAUAGUUACUAAUUGUUUUUAUAGGUAAGAUAAAUUAUGUUAAAACAAAUAAAACAGGCGUUGUCCAAUUACUCAGGGAGUAUACAAAAUAAAACACCCAGUUACAUUCUAGGUACCAGAAAAUGAUACAAGAAACAAUUGAGCAGUAGUUCCAUUGAGUGCAAUAGCAGAAAACUAAAGAAAUAAAGUGUGGAGAUUUCAAAGUUCAUCUAAAGUGCUGCUCUUGGGAAGAUUUUGACAGUUGAUAAUCUAAGGAAACGUGGUAUUGUUUUGGAGUGGUGUUGUAAUGGAGAAUCUAUUGACCAUUUACUUUUACAUUGUGAAGUGGCCAGGGAGUAAUGGAUUGGCAUUUUCAGUAGGGCUAGGUUGUGUUGGGUUAUGCCUAAGAGUUUGGUGGAUUUAUUAGCUUUUUGGAAUAGGCAUCAUAAUAGCUCUCAACUGGCUAAGGCGUGGAGAUUGAUAGCUUUGUGCCUAAUGUGGUCCAAAUAAUGUGGUGCAUUUGGACGGAAAGGAAUGAUAGGUGUUUCAACAAUAAGAAGAGAGCAGUGAGGGAAAUCUGGAAUUUCUGUGUUCUCUCUUAUUCAGUGGUUUUCUGCUAUUGUUCUUAAGGGAGGGAAUGUUAAUGAGUUUUUUGUAUUUUUUUAGUUUUCUAGAAUGUAAUUAGGUGUCUCAUUUUGUAUACUUCUUAUGUACAUGGGCUUUGCCUAGUUUCAUUCUCUUCAAUAAAGUUUCUUACUUAUCAAAAAAAUAAAAAAGUUAAUCUAAAGUCCGCUUCCUAUCUUCAAAGUUCAAGUUACUUAUCAGAAAAAUAAAAUUGUUUCUUAUCGGAGUUUUCUGUCUGGAAUUUAAUGUUACUGUCGUGUAUUUUCUCCAGUACACAGUGAAAAACUUGCAGUUUGCUCUGACAGUUGAACCAGAUAAUGUGAAGAUACAACAAAA